UCCGCUAACGUCAUACUGAUUCAAUAGACAUUAUCUAGGUAUCAAACAUUUUUACGCCAAACGUGAAGUGGUACAUCGCAGACGGUGAUAAUUUUUAUUAUUAGCGGUAUCAACUUAUUCUGACAUAACCUACUAAAAAGACUCGGUAAUAAGCCGACCAAGUCCGCUGAGAUGAAAAGUUGAGAGAGAUUUCUCGUAUUCAUGUGCUUGAAGACUUCUAGAAAUUGAACUAAUAACAAACAAUGAAUGAAGAUUUAGAAGAGUACCUCUCAGAAGGACAUGAGCAAGUGUUCAUAAAAAGUCAACAAAAGGAGGAGGCAAUAACCUAUAAAGAUGCUACAUGUCAAAUAGUCGCAUCGUGCAUAUCUUUCUCAAUUGUAUUGCAAGUAGGGGCAAAUAUGUCGUUUAGUUCAGUUUUGGUACCACAGUUGGCAGAAAAGGAUAGUCCAAUACACAUCACUAGAUCGCAGGCUUCGUGGAUAGCUAGCAUUGUAGCAAUUGCUUUACCAUUAGGAGCUUUGUUAAUAGGACCAUUAUUGGAUAUGUAUGGCAGAAAAAGGUGUUGUAUAUUGAUAACAGCACCUUUUGUCCUGUCUUGGAUCUUUCAGAUCUACGCCACUGAAUUGUGGCACUUCUAUAUUGCCAGGAUUAUAGCUGGAUUUUCAGGAGGUCUUUCGACAGCAGCCAUCGUGUAUGUCUCAGAAAUAACACAUCCAUCACUGAGACAAGCCUUGUUGUCCCUCAACAGUGUUUUUGUAUCUUUUGGGGUGCUCUUGACUUAUUUAUUUGGUACAUUGUUCAGAUGGAGAAUGACUGCCAUAUUGUUAUGUGCUGCAUCCGCGUUGACGGGUAUAGGUAUGAUAUUUCUACCAGAAAGUCCUUAUUGGUGCCUCAUAUUCAAAAACGAGUAUGGUUCCGCCCAAAGAGCCUUCAGAUUUCUCUACAAGAGGAAAGAGAUAUACGAAAGCCAAUAUCAACACCUCCUUCUUGUCAAAAGUAAAGCCAGAAAUAUUUCAAAUCAAGAAGAAAACAACAUGGAAAAGCUGAAAGGAAAAAUAAGGAUUCUUUGCGAGAAAACCGUCUAUAAACCAACGAUCAUUCUCGUGCUGAUCUUCUUUGCUCAGCAGAUCACUGGUGGUUACGUCAUCAUCUUUUACGCCACUGACAUCUUCAGAAAGCUGGAUGGACAAAACGAGAACCAGGGAAUGUCUGAAAUGGCUUCUUUGGUCCUUCUAGGAAUCAUAAGGUUCCUCGCAUCUGUGGUAGCAGUAUUGGUCUCAAAGAGCUUUGGCAGGAGAUCCAUCCUGAUGACGUCAGGAGUGGGUAUGGCCUUUUGUAGCUUCGUGGCAGGGUUGUACAUCUAUUUCACAGUAUUAUCGAAUGAACAAAUAGAGGCGAUGAACUUGACGACAGGAGAUAAAACCUAUAACAUCGCUUUCAUUUUCGUUUUGGGUUACGUAGCCUUCGGAUCUCUAGGAUUCUUAGUGAUACCUUGGACACUUAUUGGGGAACUUCUUCCUGUAAAGGUCAGGGGAUUGAUUGGAGGGUUCUUAGUGUCCUUUGCUUAUAUUAUGAUGUUUAUGUUCGUGAAGAUAUUCCCUACUAUUUUGGCCUCUAUAGAUAUCCAUUCGAUUUUUUGCGUGGUGUCUAUUUUGAAUUUGGUUAGUGUGAUGUUCAUUUAUUUUUUUCUACCUGAAACCCUCGGCAGGAAUUUCACUGAGAUUGAGAACUAUUUUGAAAGAUGAAAAUAUUUUUAUACGUAAAUUAUGAAUAAAAUUUGUACUGAA